AUGGCGGCGUGCGGGGAGGGCGGAGGCGGCGCGAGGGCCCCGUUCGGCCGCCGCUUCCUGGCCGACCCGGCCCGCCUGUUCCAGCACAACGCCUGGGACAACGUGGAGUGGUCCGAAGAGCAGGAAGCAGCUGCGCGAAGGAAGGUGCAAGAGAACAGCACACAGGUGGUCUCUCCGGAUCAGCAAGAGGCCUAUGAAGUCAACGCCAACCAGUACUGGGACGAAUUCUACAAAACCCACGAAGAUGGCUUCUUCAAGGACCGCCACUGGCUUUUCAAUGAAUUUCCUGAGCUGGCCCCAAACCAAAUCGUCAGUCGGGACGCCAAGCCUGACUCUGAGGACGGUGGCGCUGUGCAACAGUCCAAGAGCUCAGGCCCUGGAGGCCGCUGUGACGAUGGGCUUGGUUUGGUGGAGGAGACCCAGGCCUCGGAGCAUCUGUCAAACUCAGAAAUGAGCAGCUGCCGGUUGCAUACGCAAGUGGAAACAGCAUCGCAGAACCUGGAGGCAGUAAAACUGAACGACUUCCCAGGGUCCUCCGCUACUUACCGGAUACUGGAGGUGGGCUGCGGUGCCGGAAACACGGUCUUCCCCAUCCUACAAACCAACAAGGAUCCCAACCUCUUUGUGUAUUGUUGUGACUUCUCCAGUAGGGCGGUGAAUCUUGUCAAGGCUCAUUCAGAAUACGACGCUUCUUGCUGCUUUGCCUUCGUUCACGACCUUUGCAACGACCAGGUGCCUUUUCCAAUGCCGGACGAGAGCCUUGACGUAGUGGUCCUGAUCUUUGUCCUUUCGGCGCUCCUUCCGGAAAAAACACAGAGCAUCAUCAACAGACUUAGCCAGCUUCUAAAGCCCGGUGGACUGAUUCUGUUACGAGAUUAUGGCCGUUAUGACCUGGCCCAACUCCGCUUCAAGAAAGGUCAGUGUCUGGCUGAUAACUUUUACGUGAGAGGCGACGGCACCAGAGUUUAUUUCUUCACGCAAGACGAGUUGGAUUUGCUCUUCUCCACAGCUGGCUUGGAGAAAGUCCAAAAUCUGGUGGACCGCCGCCUCCAGGUGAACAGAGGAAAACAAGUUACCAUGUACCGGGUGUGGAUCCAGUGCAAAUACCGCAAGCCCCUCAGGCUGAGGAGAGACCAGGAGACGAACUCUUAGGACCAUGGCAGCUUCUUCUGA